CUAUUUGAUUACAAGCCCCAAAAAUCAAUAAAAAGGAAUAGUAGAUGAUGAACUACUGAAUACCGUUAUAGUCACAUAGCAUUCCAUGUAUAGCAGUGUGUUAGGAUUUUUUAUAUAGUCACAUAACACAUGCGCGUGUCUGGUUGAGUUUCUCUAUAGUAUAAAGUGAAAAUUAUAAUGAAACUGAAAUAAAAUAAAUGAUAUUUUGUAGUUGUAAAGAAAUUUUAAAAAAACAUUAAAAAACAUUAAAAACAAAAUAUGAGGAAGAGAAGGGAUGGGGAAAGUAUGUUGGACUGAGAUGCCCUAAAAUUGAGAAAGCAUAUAUUCCCCUGCUCUAAAGCCUUUGUCCUCUUCUUAGACAACUUUAAGAUAAAUAAACAUGCUUUAACAUACUUUUUAAGAACCCUCCUUUUAAGGACUUUGUUCUCUGCUUUUUCUAUUUGACCCCAAAAAAAAGAGAGGUUAUCUUUUAUUUUAUUUUUUCCUUUCUAACAUAAUAAUGCAUAUGAUUAACCAUCGACGACCAUCUUUAAUUUCCGUUGAAAUCUAUUUAAUCAUGAACCCUCGUCGUUUCUGCAUAGCCUUGUAUCGUGUAUUUAUAUAGAUAACUCUUAUUCAUGAAAUCGUUAUAUUAGCAUUAGUUGCUUUCCUUAAACAAUAUAGAUACAAAAUCCGCGUUUGUAAGUCCAGUUGAAUGGAUUUAAUUUAGGGUUAAGUUUUUGGUUGAAUAACUCGGAUAUGAUUAGUCGGUAUGAAAAAAAUAUUUGCUUCUAUUGAUGAUUUUUGGAGAGUGCAAUGUGAUGUGAAAGUGUAUAGAGAAGUAAUAAUAUAUUAGGGUUUUGGCAAGCAUGAAGAUGCCCCUAGUUCGCUGGUCUUUUUAUGUGUUCUCUGCCAUGUUACAAUAAUGAUUUGAUUAUAUCUACAUAUAUUUAUCAUAUAUAGGCUCACCAGAUCUUUAGUUCUGAAAAUCAUUUUACAAACCUUUAAUCCGUAUCAACUGAAUGAAAUUAACAUUCAUAACCAAGAAACUCUUAGUAUAUCUAUCAAGUAUCAAGAGAUAUAUGUAUAUAUAUCAACAUAUUGAUAUGCAAGAUAAGGGGAAAUAAGUAGUUAUAUUGUAAAAAGUGUGAUCGAGUUAAUGGUAUUAUCACUAUCAAACUGUCUGAUCCAUCUAUGAAAAAUUAUCUUUACGAAGUGUUGACCAGUUUGUGACUAAUUAAAACGAUUAGUAUUUCUGAAGUGAUGUGUUUAUGAUGGUGAUGAUGGAGCCCUGAUUGGUAACUGAUGUAAAACAAAUUUAGCUCCUACACCUAAUACUUUUUAUAUUAAUACAUAUAUUUCUUAGAAAACUUUUCAAAAGGUAGACAAUACAAUAGAUUAACACAUGAUAGCUUUUCAAGAUCUACGGUCAAGUUGGAUAAUGGAUCGAGGGAGCCCAUCAUUUCUUCAUCUUCUGGAACAUAUUCGUGAAAGCUAGAUUUAUACUCGUCCUGGUGGAUUGUAUAAUCUACAUAUGUAUACACUUGUAUAUCAUUUGUGUAUAUGUAUACUUGAAUAUAUAAUAUAUAUGAAUAUUAGCUAGAAAUGUUAACGAGUGAUCAGAUGAAUAAGAUCAAAAUAUGCAAUUUGUAUACAAGAGGUUAGUAAUAGCAUAUCUAUCAAUUCAUCAUCUAUAUACAGUUUCGGCAGAGUAUGCGUAGUAGUCAAUGAAAAAAAAAAAAUACAAAUCCGGUUUAUAUGAUCUUCCUUUUAACAUCAAACUGUUUGUUCAGAAUAUUCAGUAUUCCUUAUGUUGUGUUUGUGUUUGGAAAUCAUUAGAAAAUGACGGCUGACAACAAAAUAAAUCUUCAAUAUGGAAGAGAUAGUCGAGAUUAGAAUGAAGUUCUUAAUUAAUUAGAGCUUGUGACGAUCGAGAGACUGCUACAGGUUUGUUCAUUUAGCAUUGUUUAUAUGUUCUAUUGAGUUAUCGCAUUUAAGAUUUGUAUUCAAGUAGAUAAGAGCCUUGAUUCUUUUUAUUUAAUUUGGAUGUAUAUCUUAGAUUAGUACAUAUAUCCCUUGUAUUGAGUUAAAUAAGAUAUUUAGUUUUAUCUUCUUUGAUUUAAAUAUGGUUUACCAGAUCCUUUAGAUGGAGGGAUCAGUUGAUCUUCCCUGGAAUUGUGUAGUUCGUAGGCUCGGUGUUUACUUGAUAAUGGAGAUUUGUAAUAUCAAUUUAAUUUGCAAAAUCUCCAUUAUCAAGUAAAUUUUAAAGUUGUGCUUGGUAUGUUUACAACUACAAAAUAUGUUUAGACGGAAAUUUCCACUAAACCUUAACAUCCUGUCACUAGUAAAUGAUUCUGAAACAGCACAUUUUGUUCAAAUAUUACUCGCAGGAAAAUUAUUCCACUGUGUUUCCGAAAAGAGAUGAUCAAAUGAGUUUAAACAUGCCUAGAGGUGGAACAUGACCAUACUAUACAUGCUUUAGUCCAUAGCCUUAAUAUUUUUUUAAGGUCAACCCCAACUGAGUUGAGUAUAAAGUUUAAAUUUCUAUAAUUUGCAAACUAUCUCAAUUAGUAUUCAGACUCAACCAUAAUAACUCCAAGGACCACCAAGAUACAAAUAGACAUUACAAUAUAUUUUUGUUACGCAAGCAGAUAUUGGAAUUAGCCUAAUUGCUUGUAUAUAAUUAGAGGGGGAAAAAGAGAUUUGCGAGCGUGCAAGUAGAGAUAAAGAAACACAAAAAGUGAGAACAAAGUUUUUCCCAUACUCUUUCUGAUCUCAUCACGUUCUCCAAUGUCCCUUUCUUCUGAUUCGAGUCUUGUUACUCUCUUUUUCAUGUUUUACCUUAUUUAUCAUGUUAUUUAUAUGGCUGAACUGAUACGAAUUACUAACUGGUUAAUCGAUUAAAUUAGUUGCUUUCCACACGAUCAAUGAGUCGAUUAAUAAAACAUUUACGUAGAUGCGAUCGAACUGGUGACAGCUUUAUCAACAGUAGUAUAAUCAUUUUCUGAAUUUAUUGCACUUUUGAGUCACUGAUAAGAAAUGCUUUAUAAACAAUAUAUAUUAGUUUGUUCUUGUUAGUAUUUGGAUCACAGAUCUGACCCACAUUUAAAACAUAAUAAAAGCAAAAUAACAGAGACGCACAAUUUUAAUGGUUCACUCCUAACGUAAGAGUUAGGUUCACUUUCCGCUGAAUUUCAUUGCGGUUAAUGACGGCUGAUUGUAAGUUAUUGAUCUGUCACUGCUUUCAGCCCGUGGCAUUCGUUCUGCAUAUUUUUGUAGGGUCUUUUUCGAGAUCACCAAAAUUUUGAAUAAUUUAGAACAAUUGUAUAUUCCCUUCCGCUCAUUUCAUUUCCAGCUUGACAUUCCCAUUUGAGCAUAAAGAAGUGAUGAAACAAUGAUUUUGAGCCCUAAAAUUUUUAAGAUAUAUUUAUGGAUUUAACAUUUCUGUAUAUGUUGUAACUUCAACAUGCUUUUGGAGGAGUUGACGUCAUCAUGACAGUGAGUGAUGACUGAUUACAUGUUUGUAGUCCUUUGUAAAUUAAUUUGAUUUUUUUUUUCUUCUAAUUUGAGCUUCUUGGUGGUGGUUCCUGCUACUAGAAUAAUUCCACUUGAAAAAGGUAAAAAAAAAGCCGUCGAAAUCAUCAUUUCCAUCUCUAAUAGCUAACUGCGUCCACUUCAAAAGCACAAAAUGAGUUCCGUUGUUGGCUUUCUAAGUUUCAACCGCAUACACAAGCUUUAUUAUACUUUGCAAGUACGUGAAUUCAUUUCAGUGAAAGCAAAGAGAUACAAGAGAUCAAAUCUAAGGCUUUCAAUUUUCGUAAAAAUGAAUGAAAUUUUUUCUUUCUUUUUGUGGUAAGUUUUUUUUUUUGACAUGUAUGACUGUCCGACCGACGUUCUUAGAAUUUUCAAAUUACUAGUACAUCCCCCCGUGCGUACAUUCCACAGCCAUUCUUACAUCCAAGUAGCUUGGAUUUACUGAGGUUGGAAUGACGAAUAACAAUUGAUUUUUUGGAUAUGUGUAUAUGUUCAAACACAUGUGAAUGGCCAAUGUUCAGUUAAAACGUAACUUCUAUAAUCAGGAGUGGGUUUGGGCUCAGUAUACUUUCUACAUGAUAGCCAUUUCAUAACUACACUAGACAUCCCAAAAUUAAUUAAUAAAAAGCAAUAUGUAUACAGUAUACAUAUAAAGGGAGUGAGAGAUAAAGAAAGCAACGUUGUAUUGUGGGGGUGACUGGGUGGGAGUAGACAGAGAUGGAUGGAUGUCAUCAUUUCUCGUCUGAGACAACUGUUGCAAAGCCUUGGGAUCGAAGGCAAGAGCUUGGGACACUAAUCAUGGCUUUCAGGAAUUUUAAUCAUCUCCUUCUAAUUGUAGAGAGAGAGAGAGGGCAUAAUAAAAGCUACACAAGAUAAUACAAAAUUAUAUACAAAGUAGUGACAUAUAUAUGCAAAUAGUGAAAAUAGAAAAGUAGGGCAUAUACUCUAGAGAGAGAGAGAGAGAGAGAGAGAGAGAGAGAGAGAGAGAGAGAGAGAGAGAGAGAGAGAGACCAUGAGAGAGAAGAAUAUUAUACUUAAAUAUUUAAUAUAGUUUUUUUUGUUCUUGUAUUAUUAAAUGAUUUUCCCCUCCUUUCUUUUGAAGGUUUAUUGCUUUUCAUAAUAUAGGUACUUGAAAUAGUAGAGAAAGAGAGGGAGAGAGAGAUGUGUCAAGCUUCAAAAAAGCUAAGGUAAUGUUAUGUGAUGUGCUGGAAUAGGGAGCUUUGAGAGAUAUUCAACAACAAUUCUAAUUAAUUACUUCAUCUUAUUAUAAAUCUCUUGGGAUUUUCAAGAGAAACUCUUCUGAGAUCAUCCUUCCUUUUCCAUCUAAUUUCUUUACACACGAAGAAGAUAUACACAUAGAUACAGAGAGCAACUUUAAUAAAUAUAUAUAUCAUCUUUCAUACAUAUGGACUCUGCUAAUCUCCAUCAGCUUCAAGAUCAAUUACAGCUUGUGGGGUCGUCUUCUUCUUCUUCAUCCUUAGAUAAUAACUCCCACCCUUCUUGCUAUGAAGCUUCCUCUGUCCAUCAAUGGAGCCCAGGAGGUAUUUCUCUAAAUUGUGUGAGCUUGAGUCAUAACUUCAACAAUGAGAUGUUAAACACAAGAGAUGAGAACAACAACAACAGCAGCACAAGUGAAUGUAUGAGUCUCUCUAACAUCCACAAUCACUCCUUGAUCCAACAACAAGAUUUUCCUUUACAAUGGACACAUAAUGAAUCUUCCUAUCAUCACCAUGAAGGGCUUCACAAGAUCAAAGAAGAGCUUUCCUCAGCAACUACCUCAGACCAUCAACAAGGCAUGCCCAGGUUCACAGACAUGUUAAAUAGUCCGGUGAUCACAAACUACUUGAAGAUCAAUGAACACAAGGACUACACUGAAAAGCUCCUUCUCAAUACUAUAUCUUCUGGCUUCCCCAUCAAUGGAGAUUAUUCCAACAGCCUUCCCUCUUCGUCUUCUUCAUCCUCGCCUUCGUCUCAAUCUCACAGAGGCAGUUUCAGCCAGAUUUACCCGAGCGUAAACAUAUCAAGCUUGAGCGAGUCUCAGAGGAUAAGCAACACCCCAAGACCAUUUGAUAUGAACAUGCAAGUUUUGGAUGGAAGAUUGUUUGAAGGGAAUGUCUUUGUUCCUCCUUUAAAUUCUCAAGAGAUUAGAGGAAAUUUUACUCCUUUUGGCCUCCCCUUUCAUCAUCAUCUGCAGCAAACACUUCACCACCCUUCUUCCUCCCCUAGUCAUCAAAUGGAAAUAUACAGUAAUGAACCUCAAGCAAGUGAAGGGAAGAGACAUAACUUGAUGGCGCCAAAGGCAGGAGAAACUGCUUCCAAGAAACCGCGUGUGGAAUCACGCUCUUCUUGCCCACCCUUCAAGGUGAGGAAAGAGAAGUUAGGAGACAGAAUAGCAGCUCUGCAGCAGUUGGUUUCACCAUUUGGGAAGACAGAUACAGCGUCUGUACUAAUGGAGGCAAUUGGAUACAUCAAAUUCCUACAGAGCCAGAUCGAGACUCUAAGCGUUCCCUACAUGAGAGCAUCUAGGAACCGACCAGGAAAAACCUCCCAACUGGGCUCAAUACCACAAGAAGGGGGUGAGGAAGAGACGAGGGAUCUAAGAAGCCGUGGGCUAUGUCUCGUGCCAUUAUCAUGCAUGACUUAUGUUACUGGAGAUGGUGGAGAUGGAGGAGGAGGUGUUGGCAGUGGCUUUUGGCCAACGCCACCUGGUUUUGGUGGUGGAACUUAGCCGUGGACUUAACAAACUGUAGGACGACUAUGGUGUUAUCAUUAUCGGAUUUGGAGGUAGAAAAUAUUGAAGGUGGGGAAAUAGUUCUUUUAUCUCUUUUGAUUGUGGUUUAUUUGCAAGUUUCGGUUUUGACAGUGGAGCAAAGUUGGUCGUCCUGAUUAAAAAGGGGAAGUAAAACCAGGACAGACCAGUUUUGAUCCAUUUAUGAUUAGUAAUGAGACAUGACGAUAUAUUUCUACUUGGGAAUAAAAAAUCGAACAGCUUUGGCUUAUUUUGUUCACCUCUUUUUAUGUCAAUAUCAUUGAUCAACAUUGUAUACCAAAUAAGUAUAUGUUACAAGCCCUAAGAAAAUUUUCGUCUUACAGAAAGAAAAAAAAAACAAGCGUGGUUAAUUAUUUGGAUCUUCUCCAAAUGAGGACAAUGUCGGAUUAAAUGAAAAAAAAAAUAUGGCUCAAACUAAUUGUAUACCCGUUCGAUAGACAAGUUACACGCAAAACAAUUAUCUUCAGAACUCGUGCUCGUUAUCCAAAACGCCACCUUAGUUGGACCGAUCGUGUAUGUAGUUAUCACGUAAAACUGAAAACAACAUAUCUACUCUAUACUAAAAGGAACAAAUAGAGUGUUUUAAGCCUGUCCACGUCGGAUGGGAAAUUCUAGCCAAUCAGAUUGCAGGUUUGAUCCACAUCAUUACGAAUUGAUAUGGUUUGGGCUUUUGUUGUUUAUUUUUUAAAUUGUAGAGUAAAAAAUGGGCCUAAACCCUAAGUCCCACCGUUUGUCAGAGACCACGAACAGACUGCCCACAACACGAAAAGUUCGAACAUGAAACGAUUGUAAUUAAGAUUCUCCAUUAAUUUCUAUACCAACCCCUUCCUCUACGUUACAUUUAAUUUUUUCUUUUUCUACCUAAAAAAACUUCAGAGAUAUAUACACUAUAAAUAAUGAGGAUGCUGUGAUCAAAUCUCUUCCAUUCAAUUAACCUGCAACAAUGUUGACCUCUUAUCUCCUCUCCUGCUGUCAGAUUUGAAGUCCGGUUGUUCUCCGCAGGCAGACGGUGGUCAUGCUCUUGAUUAAUGAAAAAUUCAUCAAUAGCUAUUUGCUUCACCUAAUCGACAUUACAUACGGAGCUCUUUAGGUUUUGUUGAUAUGAAUAAUUGAUGGUGUCUCCACGAUUAAUUGGGCCAUUUGUAAGGCUAUUGAUCUGUUGGAAAUGCUAAAGAGAGAAGAGGAAAUGCUUUCUGCAAUCAAGGAAAAACAGUUGAAGGGGCUCUUGAUGAUCGCACAUAGAAAGCUGAAUCUGGCGCACAUAUUUUUCGAAUGUUCAACAUGGAUGACCAAUGUUUUUCUUCAAGAUGUAAUCAAAGAAAUCAAUAAAGACAAUUUAAAGAUUUGCCUCUUGACAUGUAUUUCACUGAUGUUUGUCUUUUCGAGCUGUUAUGGUUACCCAAAAUGCAGGAUGGAUGUUUGAGUAUGGAGAAUAUGUUGCGAUGAUGUAAAAGGGAAAUGCUGGUGUCAAGAGACAUGAAUGAGAAAUAGCCUAAACAUCAACAUGAGAAAUGUGUAGGCACAUACACAAUACCCACAUCAGCGUCUUUGGAACAUUUACCGUUGUGGCUGCUAAUGUUUGUAAUCUUGAACUACAGAGAAGGCUGCAAGUGAAACAGGAUUCAGUGAUUCAUAGGUGCAAGAAGGCAGUUGAAUCUUUAGAAGGUUUAAGUUUAAAAUGUAAAAGAAAAACCAAUGUCUCAUCAUCAUUAGUUGUGAGGACUAUUUCAAAUGUCUCUGUUUUAUUUGUAACAACAGUUACAAGUUUGGUAAGUUUUGUUUAAUCUUCAUUCUUCAAAUCUUUGACCUU